AAGUGGCAAUCAUGGAGGAGAGUGAGGAAGCUUUCACAAAUUCACUGCUAAAAGAUGAAUGCUAUUCAGACUUUGUGAUUGAGGACUUUGACGUGAAAACGUACACAGCUCAGGCUAUUCAUCAUGCUGUCAUCGCCGAACAGCUGGCCAAGUUGGCACAGGGAAUCAGCCAGCUGGACAAGGAACUCCACAGCCAGGUGGUCGCCAGACAUGAAGACUUACUUUCUCAAGCAACUGGGAUUGAGUCUCUUGAAGGUGUCCUCCAGAUGAUGCAGACCAGGAUAGCUGCCUUACAGGGAGCUGUGGACAGGAUAAGGACUAAGAUUGUUGACCCUUACAACAAGAUUGUCACCAGGACGGCCCAGCUGGCCAGAUUACAGGUCGCGUGUGACCUGCUGCGGAGAAUCAUCCGGAUUCUGUACCUGAGCAAGAGGCUCCAGGGGCAGCUCCAGGGGGGCAGCAGGGAGAUCACCAAGGCUGCCCAGAGCCUCAACGAGUUGGAUUACCUGUCGCAGGGCGUGGACCUGAGUGGGAUAGAUGUGAUCGAGAACGACCUACUGUUUAUCAGCCGAGCCAGGCUAGAGGUGGAAAACCAGGCCAAGAGACUGUUGGAGCAGGGCAUGGAGAUACAGAACCCGACCCAGGUGGGUACGGCUCUGCAGGUGUUCUUUAACCUGGGCACUCUGAGAGAAACCAUCAGUGGGGUUGUUGGGGGGUACCAGAGCACCAUACAGGACAACGUCACUGCCGCCCUGGACAUCAAGAGCCUCACACAGCCCACCAGCUCCAGAGGUGCUCCAGGCCGGGCGGUGAUGCCUACCCCGGGGAAUACUGCUGCUUUCCGAGCAGCUCUCUGGACCAACCUGGAGAAGCUGAUGGAUCAGAUCUGUGCUGCUUGUGGACAGGUGCAACACCUCCAAAAGGUCCUGACCAAAAAGAGAGACCCUGUCACUCACGUCUGCUUCAUCGACGAGAUCCUUAAGGACGGCCAGCCUGACAUCCUAUACACCUUCUGGACCUCGGUCACCAACACCCUCUCUGUAGAGCUGCAGGGAGCUACGGCUGCCUCGUCCUUCCUGAAGCAGGCCCUAGAGGGAGAGUACCCCAAGCUGCUGCGCCUCUACAACGAGCUGUGGCGCCGCCUGCAGCAGUACAGCUCCGGCCUCCAGGGAGCCCCGGGGGUCUGCUCCGGUCCAGAGACCGCGCUGGAACUGGCUAGCCCUGAGCCAGAUGGCCGGGACCUCUUCACCCACGCCAAACAGGACUACAAGUCGGUCUCCUCCAACGAUCCACACAUAAACUCACACAUGCAGAGCCCAGAGAAGGCGUUGAAGGACUCCCUACAGCCUUAUGAGGCAGCCUACCUCUCCAAGUCCCUUUCCCGCCUGUUUGACCCCAUUAACCUGGUGUUCCCCAUGGGGGGCCGCAACCCUCCCUCCAACGACGAGCUGGACAGCAUCAUCAAGACUGUCAGCAGCGAGCUCAACGUGGCGGCGGUGGAUCCCAGCCUCAGUCUGGCCGUGGCCAAGAACGCUGCCAAGACCGUCCAGCUCUUCUGUGUCAAGUCCGAACAGCUGCUGUGCACUCAAGGAGAUGCAAGCCAGGUGAUUGGUCCGUUGACAGAGGGCCAGAGGAGGAACGUGGCGGUGGUCAAUUCUCUCUACCGCCUGCAGCAGGCCAUCAGCAAGGUGAUCUCUGGAUUGGGCUUGUACCCUGUGGCCGCUGAACAGGCUCUCACCGCCUCACUGGAGGGGGUGCAGGCUUUGAUGACCAGUGCGAUGCAGCCCCUCCUUCAGUCGGUCAGCGACUCUGUCGAAGCCAUCAUCAUCACCAUGCAUCAGGAGGACUUCUCUGGGUCUCUCUCCAGCCAGAGGAACGAUGUGCCCUGCUCUUUGUACAUGAAGGAGCUGCAGGGUUUUAUAGCCAGGGUCAUGGCCGACUACUUCCGCCAUUUCCUGUGUGUGGACUUCAUCUACGACAGUACCGAGUCCAUAGCCCGGCGGGCCAUCGCCCUGUUCGUCCGCCACGCCAGCCUGCUUCGCCCCCUGGGGGAGGGAGGCAAGAUGAGGCUGGCGGCCGACUUUGCUCAGAUGGAGAUGGCAGUAGCUCCCCUGUGUAGGAGAGUGUCUGAGCUGGGAAGGCCUUAUCGCCUGCUGCGCUCCUUCAGGCCUCUGUUGUUCCAGAACAGUGAGCUGAUCGCCAGUAGCUCGGCAGUAGGAGAUCUGAUCCCAUACAGCACCCUGCUCCAUUUCCUCUUCACCAAGGCUCCCACAGAGCUCAAAUCCCCACAUCAGAGAGCUGAGUGGUCCAUCGCACGCUACUCCCAGUGGCUGGACGAUCACCCAUCAGAGAGAGACCGCAUCACCCUCAUCAGGGGUGCACUUGAGGCCUAUGUGCAGUCUGUAAGGGCUCGUCAGGGGAAGGAGUUUGCCCCGGUCUAUCCCAUAAUGCUCCAGCUGCUCCAGAGGGCCACCAGCGGGGCUCAGGAAACCAGGACCUGAGGAAACUACAACUCCCAGCACACACCUCACUUCAGUCUGGCAUGAACAGGCAGUGCAUUACCAAGGUUAAAGCUGAGAAGUAGCUAACUUUGAUAGGGAGAGGGCAGCCCUUGAUUUAGAAUGCUGAAGGGAUAGUUCACUAAAAUAAUGAACAUAAACAUUCCUUGAUAAGAUUAUGCCGCUUUAUGUCCAUUUGUCAGACUAGUUUAGUGUUUGACUGGGUUUGUACACUUAGCUACAUUAGUCAAACAAUUGAAGGCCAUUAAUGAGAGCACAAAUGAAACAGGCAUCCUGUUGUUGUAUGGACAAAUGACAGAUGAUUGGUCAGUUUCAACUUCUACACAUCUGUAAAUUCCAUCAAGGAUUCUCGAAUCUGAUCAUUUAUGGCCACUUCAUACAUUAGUUUUCCUCUGUUGAUCUGUAGUUUAAAUUAUUUUGGAGAGGUGUGUGGGGUUGCUUUAGUUAUGUCUUGUAACAAAUACAGUAAAUAAAAACAUGGGCAUAACGUG